CACCCCGGUCUUCCCCACCUGGUCAAACCACUCCCCCCACCCCCACCACCACCACCAUGCCUCCCUCGCCGCCGCCUCGCCUCCCGCUCCUCGCCGUCGCCGUGCUCCUCGCCGCCGCGGCGGCGGCGACGGCGGAGGCGCAGUCGGCGACGCCGAAGGAGGACGACGUGCGGUGCCUGCGCGGGGUGAAGAAGAGCCUCCGCGACCCGGACGGGCGGCUCUCGUCGUGGACCUUCGACAACCUCUCCUCGAGCGCGGUCUGCUCCUACAGCGGCGUCACGUGCUGGAACCCGCAGGAGCUGCGCAUCAUCCAGCUCUCGCUGGCGGGCUUCGGCCUCCAGGGCAGCAUCCCCUCCGACCUGCAGUUCUGCAGCGGCGCCACCACGCUCGACCUCUCGGGGAACGCGCUGGAGGGGCAAAUCCCGUCCACGCUCUGCGACUGGAUCCCGUUCGUCGUCAACCUCGACCUCUCCGGGAACCAGCUGUCCGGCCCGCUCCCCAGCGAGCUCGCCAACUGCCGCUUCGUCAACUCGCUCAAGCUCUCCGGCAACUCCUUCUCCGGCCAGAUCCCCGACUCCCUGGGGCGGCUGGACCGCCUCAAGUCGCUCGACCUCUCCAACAACAGGCUCGACGGCCAGAUCCCGGCUCCGCUCGCCACCUUCGGCAAGGAGUCCUUCGCCGGUAACAAGGGCCUGUGCGGCCGCCCUGUGUCCUCGCGCUGCGGCCGCCCGCUGGGAGGCGCCGGCCUCGGCAUCGUCAUCGCCGCGGGGGUCUUCGGAGCGGCCGCGUCGCUGCUCCUCGCCUUCUUUUUCUGGCGAUGCACCGGGAAGAGCAAGGGCGGGCGCCGCCGCCGCGGGGGCAGCGAGUCCGGCGGGGGUUCUGCCGAGGACGGGAGCUGGUGGACGGAGCGGCUGCGUGCGGCGCACAACCGCCUGGCUCCCGUCUCGCUGUUCCAGAAGCCGAUCGUCAAGGUCAAGCUCGCCGACCUGAUGUCAGCCACCCAGGACUUCAGCACAGGCCACAUCGUGGUGGCCGGGAGCUCACGGGCAGGGACAGCGUACCGCGCCGUGCUCCGUGAUGGCUCCGCUCUGACGGUGAAGCGGCUGCACUCGUGCCCGCUGUCGGAGAAGGCUUUCCGGGCAGAGAUGGGAAGGGUUGGGCAGCUGAGACACCCUAACAUCGUGCCGCUGCUGGGGUUCUGUGUUGUCGAGGAUGAGCGGCUUCUUGUGUACAAGCAUAUGGAGAGCGGGGCUCUUUCUUCAGUGUUGAAGGAGCCGGGGGAGGCACCGUUGGAUUGGGCGACACGACUCAGGAUUGCCGUCGGGGCGGCGCGCGGUCUUGCAUGGCUGCACCAUGGGUUCCAAGUUCCACAAAUUCACCAGAACCUGAGCUCAAGUGCUGUGCUUCUGGAUGAGGACUAUGAAGCUCGGAUCACAGAUGUUGGGCUCACGAGACUGGUCCGGAUGGCACCAGGCGAGGGUGGAGAUACAAGCCCCUUCCUGAAUGGGGACUUUGGGGAGUAUGGGUAUGUCGCCCCAGAGUGCGCAAGCAAUCCAGUUGCUACCAUGAAGGGUGAUGUGUAUGCAUUUGGUGUGAUACUGUUUGAGCUUGUGAGCGGGCAGGAGGCUGCAACUGUCACGAGUGAUGCGGCAGGUGAAGGAUUCAAGGGUACAUUGGUGGAUUGGAUAAAUCAGCUUAAAGCUUCCGGUCGGAUUGGUGAUGUUGUUCACAAGUCAUUGUGUGGGAAUGGCCAUGAUUCAGAGAUCGAUGAGUUUGUGAAGAUAGCUUUUGCCUGUAUCAUGGUUCGCCCGAGGGAGAGGCUCUCAAUGUACAAGGUUUACCACUCUCUGAAGAGCAUUGGACAGGGUCGUGAUGUCUCAGAGCAGUUUGAUGAGUUUCCACUGGCCUAUAACAAGGAUGAAUCAGAUACCAUGUAACUGAUGGUGGUGCUCUUGCUUGGUACUGUGAACCCCUUGGUCAGGCUCAAUGGUUGCUUUUUGUGUAGUCCUGCUACUUGAAUUGAUGAAGAGCAUGCUGAGGCAACCAUAUUGGCAUGAUAAUUAUUGCUGGAUGAUCAGUUGGAGCCUUGCCUCAUCUCCUGUUGAGAUAAUCGUGUAAGCUGUAAGAUUUAGUCUGUAUUGUCUUUUACAUCAUUGCUAGCGCUUGUAGCAUCUCUCUUUAUGUCUAAAUUCUGAUAUGACCUUCCUUCUUGGAACAACCUUCAUCCUCCUCAAUCUCCUAAGAACAAUGUUGGCAUUGAAAGAAAUAUUAAUCUUUGACCAAUUUAUCUUAAAUUUACA